GUGUAGACCACGCCCACCUGGGGGGAAAACCUGUGACGUCACUGAAAAGCAUCACGGAAGUGAACUAGGCGUCGAAGCGGACAGACACAAAUAAGUUGGUGUGUCCGUUUGAUUUACGCACACAGACAGUCCAUCAUCAUGCUGGGAGGAGGGUUCAAAGCGGAGAGGCUAAGAGUCAACCUCCGGCUGGUCAUCAACCGACUCAAACUCCUGGAGAAAAAGAAAACCGAGCUUGCUCAAAAGGCGAGGAAGGAGAUUGCAGAUUACCUCUCGUCGGGAAAGGAUGAACGAGCACGGAUCCGCGUGGAGCACAUCAUCAGAGAGGACUACAUGGUGGAGGCCAUGGAGAUCCUGGAGCUUUACUGUGACCUGCUGCUGACUCGCUUUGGCCUCAUUCAGUCCAUGAAGGAACUGGACCCAGGCCUACAGGAGGCGGUGUCCACCCUCAUCUGGGCAGCGCCUCGUCUCCAGUCAGAGGUGUCUGAACUAAAAACUGUGUCAGACCAGCUAUGUGCAAAAUAUAGCAAGGAAUAUGGCAAGCUGUGCAGGACAAACCAGAUUGGCACAGUCAACGACAGGCUGAUGCACAAGCUGAGUGUGGAGGCCCCUCCCAAGAUCUUGGUGGAGCGCUACCUGAUAGAGAUCGCCAAGAAUUACAAUGUGCCGUACGAACCAGACGCCGUGGUCCGGCCCGAGGUGUGCGCUGGGGAGGAGGCAGACCUGAUCGAUGUGGACUUUGACAAGAAGCCUAGAGGAGGAGGAGGAGGUGGUGGCGGUGGAGGUUUCACUGCUCCACCUUCUGCUAUGCCUAUGGCCAUGCCUAUGCCCAUGCCCAUGCCAGGCUUCAACUAUCCACCUCCCAACGGAGCCAUCGAUGACUUAACUCCCAAACCUUCUGUUCCUUCGCAGGCCGUAGGUCCUGGCCCUUCAUCUAAUGUAUAUGACAACAACGCUCUCCCAGAACUUCCCUCUGUUCCCGACACACUCCCUGCAUCCUCCUUCGGCGGAAACACUACCACCUCGGAUGACAUCGACUUCGACGAUUUGACGCGGCGGUUCGAAGAGCUGAAGAAGAAAACCUAAUUGCUAUAUCCCCAGUCUAUACACACACACACACACGCGUACACAACACAACACACACGCAAAUGCACACACACACAGGCCCGUGUCAUCACCAACACAGUUCACAACAGGAAAUGGAAAUGUUCAAGGCUCUCAGUCAGAUUUGGAUAGUUGUCCUCCCCUUUCCACGGUGAAGUAAUCUUAUAGAUAAUAAACAUACAUGUAUUCUUACCUCAUGUCUAUAAAUAUGACCAGCGUACUGAGGGUGUGGUUGCUCACUCGACCUUAUCGGUUAGCAGAAAUCUACUUCUGUUUGCAGUACCAGUGACUACCACAUGUUUUAAUUUCUUUCUAUACGGCACAUUAUACAUAUUCAUACGUAAAAUGAUGUGGGUGUUGACCCCCCGUUCACUCUUUAUUGUUUAGGGUCACACUGACUUUUAACUUCCAUCUGUCUGAGUGAUAUACUGUAUAUUCAAAAGUUAGAUUUUAAUUGUUACUUUUCCUGGGGUUUUAGCUCUGACAGAUAUUUACAGUACAUGCCUUGAUUCUACUUUGUACAUGCUGUGACGCUGUGAUUUUCCCCCACUGUGUCACUCAGCCCUGUCUCAGACCCGACAAACAAGCCAGACCGGCUGAACCAGUUUGGUGGGGAGCGGGAAGUUGGCCAACAAAGGCUCCAGAUUGUUUCCGAGACGAGGCAACCAUUUUUUUUUCUCCCAUAAAGCUUUUAGAACAAGUAGAAUCCAUAUUUUCGGUGUCUGGCGCAGUCAUGCAGUUUUGUACAUGACAUUUUGAAACACUCCUUACACUAGGAACUCAAAACUCAGCUCAUAGUGACACAUUACAGGGUGGUGGGGCACAGAUGUAUGUAUGAUAAAACAGCGUAUGAAAAUCUGUAAUAUAAGAGAUUGACCUAUUUACAGGAAUGAUUGAACUGUACAGCAACAGUUGGUAGUAGGGAGUUCAUUAUUUGACAAAUCUGUUUUAUAUACAGCACCUCCAAAUAAAGUUUUCUUUUUUUCCCCUUAGUUUUACCAAAUACCUGCACUUUCUUAUCAAUCAAAGAAGUAUUUCAUUAUGAAAUGUAUGCGGGCGAAAGCAGUCGCACGACAACCUAAUUUGACUGAUCAGAUGUAAAUAUUGACCCCAGAGGUAAUAAGUUUGUGCUGUCCUGAUCGUGUGUGCAUGUGUCUUAUACUGUAUGUGCGCCACUGCGUUUGCCUUAGUUAUCAUCUCUCAUCAGAGGCCUUGCCAGUCAAUAGGAUUAAGCAUUUGUUAUCCAUCAAGACUGGGUACACGUUACCUGCUUUGAUUUUUAGUUGAUUAAUUUACACUUUGCUUUAUUCGCUUUGCCCACGAACAAUUUCUUAAAAGCAUUUUGAGUUUAAAUUUGUGGAUUGGAUGAAAACCAUCUGCACUGUUAUUAUAGGUAGAUGGUAUUUUUCUGUGGGGAGAUCUUAGUGAGAGGGUUUCUGUUGUCGUACGGACGUGACACAUUGCUGCAACCUAACCACUCCCAGUUCUGCUUGCAUGGCGACUGGACAGUGGCCUUGAAUAAAAUGAUUCAGCAAUCUCUGGAGAGCACCACGAAAAGCUUCCCAGUCGUGCGAUAGAUACAGUUUAUUUAUAGGUUUUACAUGUGUUACAGAAAGUAGAGAGAGAUUAAUAACACUACAGAACUGUGAUCUGCUCACUGUCUUUUCUAUGUUGGACUGUUCUUUCAUGCUAAACCCUGAGACACAGAAUGGUGUCUUGUUGCAAAAAAGGAGUUUUUUCCACUGUAUACUAAAAUAACAAUUUAAUAAAAGAUUAUUUGGAACUGGAAA